AUGCAGCAGAUCUACUCACGUACCGAGGAAUGCGGGGGAGUAAAGGCUAAGUGGAAAGAUGACGAUACCAUUUCCAAUCUACCCGCUAGUGUUAAUAGCUACUCAACACUACCCCGCCGCAGUAGUUUGUUCACGUCUGAUUCGGACGGCUAUCUGAUACCCCGACAC